GCGGGUGCUCUUCGUUGAAUAAAUAAACACGUGCAGUACACCGACUUUCUAGAUAAGUAAACUAGAUACAAAAGAUUCUUUGAAGCAAUGCUGUCGUUUUGUGAGAAAUAAGCAAUAUUACGACCAACGAUGUUACCUACCACGUUUUUAGCUGUGAUCUUGGCAUGCUGGUCAAUCUUUCAUUUGCUUCACAAUUUUGUAACUGGUAAUGAAUACUUGGGACCAAUUUGCGACCGUUUCUUAAAGAAGCGUUCCAUCUUUGUUACUCCAUUUCAAGUUCGUUAUUUCACGAAAAAGUUAAAUCGUUAUUUAGCUCACUUUGGAAGAUGGCGCAAGUUAAAAGUCUGGUUUGAUGCAGGAAUUCUGUUUGCUGCGUUAGCGAUGUUAAGUUCAACUAUUCUGCUCAUUCAUACAUUGGUGAAAAGUUUCCUUGAUUUGAAUAUUUUUACCACCACGCCAGCUGUCCCAUCUUCUCAGGUUUUAACAGUGAUCGUACCUGGUGUGAAUCUGCCAUUAAAUGACUUAUCGUACCUAUUGACUGCAAUUUUAUUGAGUGGGAUCCUUCAUGAGCUUGGACAUGCUGUAGCUGCUACCAGGGAAGGAAUUGAAGUCAAUGGAUUUGGCAUUUUCCUGUUUGUUAUUUAUCCUGGUGCUUAUGUGGAUCUCAAUUCCACUGAUCUAAACCGAGCAAAUGCAAGAAAACAACUGCGUGUCUACUGUGCUGGCGUAUGGCAUAACUUCAUACUGUGUCUGAUUGCUUGCGUACUUAUUUUUUCACUCCCGUUCAUGCUGGCUCCGUUUUAUUCUCAAGGAGGGGAGGGUGUAAUAGUUACGUACCAGGCUCAGAAUUCCCCCUUACAAGGAUCCAGUGGUAUAAUGGUUGGUGACGUAGUUCAACAUAUCGGGAACUGCCAUGUCCAGGAAUCAAAAACUUGGUUUAAAUGUGUCAAUGAGAGCAGGACAUUACCGCAAAUGGGUUCUUGUAUAAAAUGGAAUGAGCUGGAAAAGUUAACACUAAAAUCAUCAGUAGUGUCAUCGAUUGCAUUAUCUGAGGCAGGAACAUUAUCCGAUGGUCAUCCAGAUUGCUGUGGUGUGAACCCCCCACCCACACACCUAUGUUAUCACUAUAAAGUCUCACAGAAAAAGAUGUUUGCAUGUCUCCCUGGACGAACUAUGAUGUCAUUUAAGGAUUGUACUAACAAUGUUGAUUGUGGUCGACAUGACCAAGCAGUUGGUGUUGAAGGAAUAUGUGCAUUCCCACUUUUAGGAGACACAACAACUCGUUUUAUGCGACUAAAAAUCCUCCGUUACCCCAACCUUCCUGCACAGCAUGUAUUAUACCUCGGCGAACCGGCAGAUUUAGUUCGUUUUCUCACAAUAUCAGAAUACCGUCCACGUUGGUGGUGGUUGCCACUUCGACUACCUGCAGUUCUACUUAAGUUUUUACAGUAUAUGUUUUCAAUGUCCGGUGCUCUUGCUGUACUCAAUAUAGUUCCAUGCUAUGCAUUGGAUGGACAGUGGGCGUUUAAGUCUUUCCUAGAUUUCUUUUAUGGUCGUCAUCCCGACCUUGACAAUUUCAAGGAACGAGUUUCAACUGUUGUCCUGUGUUGUGGCACCUUACUCGUGACACUAAACGUUAUAUUCGGCUUCCUUAACGUAUUUAUCAAAUGAGAACGGG